GUGUGUGUGUCUGUGUGUGUGUGUGUGUGUGUGUGUGUGUGUGUGUGUGUGUGUGUGUGUGUGUGUGUGUGUGUGUGUGUGUGUGUGUGUGUGUGUGUGUGUGUGUGUGUGUGUGUGUGUGUGUGUGUGUGUGUGUGUGUGUGUGUGUGUGUGUGUGUGUGUGUGUGUGUGUGUGUGUGUGUGUGUGUGUGUGUGUGUGUGUGCUGUGUGUGUGUGUGUGUGUGUGUGUGUGUGUGUGUGUGUGUGUGUGUGUGUGUGUGUGUGUGUGUGUGUGUGUGUGUGUGUGUGUGUGUGUGUGUGUGUGUGUGUGUGUGUGUGUGUGUGUGUGUGUGUGUGUGUGUGUGUGUGUGUGUGUGUGUGUGUGUGUGUGUGUGUGUGUGUGUGUGUGUGUGUGUGUGUGUGUGUGUGUGUGUGUGUGUGUGUGUGUGUGUGUGUGUGUCUGUGUGUGUGUGUGUGUGUGUGUGUGUGUGUGUGUGUGUGUGUGUGUGUGUGUCUGUGUGUGUGUGUGUGUGUGUGUGUGUGUGUGUGUGUGUGUGUGUGUGUGUG